AUGUCGAAAAUUUGGCUAAUUCCCUUGCUGAUUCUAAUUUUCUAUCGGUUGGCAAAUUGUCAAGAAACUGAGGAGCAAUUACUUGCAUCAAAUGUUUCGACUGAUGAGCCAUUCGUAGUAGGCUCAACGCCGAACACGAAUCCCUUGUUUCUGGCAAAUUCCACAAAUGGAUUGUAUAAUGAACAAGGCAAAAUUCGCAUCAAAUUGGGGCAUAUUGGCGCAUUCGGCGCUCUUCGCAAUGAUGUCAAAAUUCUCGAGGUUUCACACAGUUCGUUAAAAAAAGAGGGUAUUUUGGACGAUGAAUUGGAUGUCGAUAUUAUCUCUCAAAAUGGAUGUGGAGAAUCAUACGAAGGUGUUGCCGUUGCUGCCGAUAUGUACCAUCUACAAAAAGUUAAAGCUUUCAUUGGUCCCUACUGUAACGCGGAAAUGGAUGCUGUCGCCAGAAUGGCCGCGUUUUGGAACAUUCCCAUUACUGGAUAUAUGGCAGCAUCGAAUGCCCUCGCCGAUAAAAAUGCGUACCCAACGCUCUCGCGAAUCUCGACUCGAACAACUAAUUCAAUUGCUGAGGCGACAUGUGCAAUGCUAAAACAUUUUGGAUGGCGAAAAGUUGCGAUUGUGACGAAUACUGGAACAUUGGCUUAUGACCGAGUUUAUGCAUUCGAAGAAGUUCUUCAUGCAAGAGGAAUUUCUGUUGUUAAAAAAGUUAUGUUCGACGAGUUCGCCGAUCAGAAGGCAAUGAUCGCUUCAGGAUUGCUCAACGAAAUUCGAAACAAUGCGAGAAUUAUUAUAUGCCUCUUCUCGAAUACAAGAGAAUCAUCGAGAGAAUUUCUGACAGCUGCAAACCAGCAAGAUAUGUCCGUCAACGAAUUCGCGUUCAUCUUUCCAUGGCUACAGGAUGGCGGCAAAGACGUUGCUCCUUGGACAGGCGCCGAUGGAACGAUGCUCCAGAAAGUGAAGGAUCAAUAUGCAAACGCUAUCAUAGUGGACGAUGUGAACAGUUUCGAUAAUACCAUUGUUGGACCAUUUAUCGAGAGAUUGAAGGAAGCCGGAUUAACCGAAGCCGAUGUUGACAUUGCAAAUAUUUAUGGCUAUAUCUAUUUGUUUGAUGCCCUUAAACUCUAUGCAAUGACUGCUAGAAAAGUGUUGAACGAAACGGGAAAACCGGAGAAUCUUUUAAAUGGGCGUUUGAUGUGGAGCAACAUGCGAAGAUUAUCAUUUGAUGGAAUGCUCGCCUCGUCUGGAAUUGCUUCUGGAACAAUUAUGAUGGAUGAUCGAUCGGAACGAGCAGCGCUUUAUAGAGGAUUCUUUGUUUCUCCAAAUUCUGAGCAAGUGAUGCCGAUGGUUCAUAUGGAACCGACGAUGGUUGACAAUUGCGAUGGAAUUGCUAACAAAUCUGGUUGCUAUGAGAUUAUUGUCACCGAUAUCAUGCAAGACUUCUGGCCGUCAAUCGACAGAAAAGUUCCAAAGGAUGAGCCCGCUUGCGGCUACCGUAACGAGAAAUGCGAUUACACGCUUCUUAUAGUUGGCGCCGCACUAAUCCUGCUCUUCUUAAUCGCCGUCGUAUCCGCUUUCUUUGCGAAGAGGAUUCUUGAAAAGAAGGCGCUUGACAAGUUGCCUUUCAGAAUAUACAGAGAUGAUAUCCAAUUCAUUGACGAAGAGCAACUUAAGAGUAUGCUUUCCUUGGGAAGUACUCGAACAAAAAUGAGCAAUAUGAAUUACGGCUCAAGAAAUCACGCAAUUAUUGGAACCAACACGCAUGCAAUUUAUCAUAAAUAUAAUCAAAGACGGCCAAUUGUGUUCAAUCGUGCCGACAAAACGCUUUUGCAAUUGAUGAAAACCGCCGUUCAUGAUAAUAUUAAUCCAUUUUUGGGAAUGGUUUGGAAUGAAAGGGAGGAGCUUCUCCUUGUAUGGAAGUUUUGUUCUAGAGGAACACUUCAAGAUGUGAUUUACAAUGAUAAUAUUCAACUGGAUAGCAAAUUUCACGGAGCGUUCAUUCGAGAUAUCCUCUCUGGUUUAGAAUAUUUGCAUGCUUCCCAAAUUGGCUACCACGGUUCGCUGACACCGUGGGCGUGUCUAAUUGAUAGAAAUUGGAUGAUUAAGCUGACGGAUUACGGAAUUGCCGACCCAUUGGAACGUUGGGAGAAAAAUCAAUGGGUUUCUCGCGACGAUAUUCAAGGAGAGGAUGAUAAAUCACAAGCAACGCAAUUUACAAGCAUACUGUAUGAUUCGCCAGAGAUGGUGAAAAAUCGCGAGAAAAAUCGACAGAGGAGGAUCGACCAAGAUUGGAUGAAACAAAGCCAAAGUAGAAGGCAGCUCGGAGAUAUUUAUGCGUUUGGAAUGGUUAUGUAUGAAAUCAUUUUCCGCGCACUACCGUAUCCGGAAGGCACAAAUGUUAUGGAAACUGUCGAGGCACUUCGUGAUGGAACUAGAGUGAUAAAGCCGUCGAUUGCACAGAACAAAAUUCUUAACAUGGAUCUGAGCGCAUUGAUUCAAGAUUGUUGGAAUACUACACCAGAAAUGAGGCCAUCGUUGAGGAGAAUCAAAUUGAACAUUGAAUCGUAUUUGAAUGUCAAAGGGUCGUUGGUAGAUCAAAUGACGCGAAUGAUGGAGCAAUACGCGAAUAAUCUUGAGAAACUCGUUGCGGAACGAACUGGAAUGUUGGAAGAAGCCAAUCAGCGCGCUGAUCGUCUGCUCAGUCAGUUGUUACCGGCGUAUGUUGCCAAUGAGCUGAAACUUGGAAGAUCUGUACCGCCCAAGACAUUCACGUCGUCUACCGUCUUGUUCAGUGAUAUUGUGGGAUUCACUGAAAUGUGCCAACAUGCUUCGCCGCUUGACGUCGUCACAGUGCUGAAUGGAGUGUUCGACGGAUUUGAUCAAUUCAUUGCCAGAAAGGAUGCGUAUAAGGUGGAAACAAUUGGAGAUGCUUAUAUGGUUGUGUCGGGUGUACCGGAAGAGAAUGGAAAUCGACACAUUAAUGAAAUUGCGAGCAUUGCAUUGGACGUGCACCGAUUCCUCUCCGAAUUUGUGGUGCCUCACAAUAAAGACACCAAAAUACAGUGCCGGUUGGGAUUCCACACAGGACCGGUUGCAGCUGCAGUCGUCGGUCUCAAUGCUCCUCGAUAUUGUCUUUUCGGAGACACUGUAAACAUGUCGUCUCGAAUGGAGAGUAAUGGAGAUCCCGGAAAAACGCAGAUAUCGGAAGCAGCACGCAACCUGCUCGCCAAAGAAUAUCCUGAUUAUGUUUGCGAGAAACGAGGAGAAAUUCCUAUUAAGGGCAAAGGAAUGUGCACUACAUACUGGCUGACAGGCACGAAAACGGGUGGAGAUGGAUCGAGCGGAAACUAUCUUUUAACGACGACGAAAGGUUCUGACGCAGCAUUCGGAGGAAUGAUCGGAAGUGUAUCGAAAGAAUACUCAAUGUCGUAUAGAAACCCCACCGGAUUGCAGAGAUAA